CCCAAUUGGGUGUACGAAGUAGCAUUUUCCUUUUCACCACCAUCCAGCUCGGGAAAAGUUGAGGUCCGUAAUCGUCGGACCAAAACCCCACUUCUCUCGCCCUCUCCCUCGCGUCGAAGCCGAGCUCGGGAGUGACGAUAAUGGCCGCUGCUUCUUCCUCCUCGCGGCUCGUCCCCUUCCUCUCGCCGCCCCCACCGACUCCUCCCGCAAAACCCCCCUCCGGCGCCUUCCUCCCCCUCCGGCGAACCACCGCCGCCGCCGCCGCCGCCGCCCGGUUCAGGUGCGCCGCCGCCUCGGGGCAGACCGGGUUCUUCACGCGGCUGGGGCGGCUGAUCAAGGAGAAGGCGAAGAGCGACGUGGAGAAGCUCUUCUCCGGCUUCUCCAAGACGCGCGAGAACCUCGCCGUCGUCGACGAGCUCCUCCUCUACUGGAACCUCGCCGACACCGACCGCGUCCUCGACGAGCUCGAAGAGGCGCUGUUGGUAUCCGAUUUUGGGCCGAAAAUCUCGAUAAAGAUUGUGGAUAGUCUGCGGGACGAUAUCUUAGCUGGGAAGCUCAAGUCCGGAAGUGAGAUUAAGGUAGCAGCUUCAAAACUACGGAGUCCUGAACUGAUUAGCGCGAAGUUUCAGUUUGGUCGGUCCCGUACGUAUUACUACGGAAUUUGUUAUCACAAUUGGGAUGCUUUGAAAAGGUGUGUUCUUGAGCUGUUGACAAACAAAGGUAGCAAAACGGAGCUUCAGUUAGGAUUCAGGAAGCCGGCGGUGAUCAUGGUUGUUGGUGUGAAUGGAGGUGGAAAGACAACCUCUCUUGGGAAGCUUGCUCAUAGAUUGAAGAAAGAGGGAGUAAAGGUACUACUGGCAGCAGGUGAUACAUUCAGAGCAGCUGCUAGUGAGCAGCUGGAGAUAUGGGCUGAGAGAACUGGUUCAGAGAUAGUAGUAGCUGAGGGUGAGAAGGCCAAAGCUCCGUCAGUUCUUUCACAGGCUGUGAAAAGGGGGAAGGAGCAAGGAUAUGAUGUAGUUCUGUGUGAUACAUCUGGACGUCUGCAUACAAAUUACAGCCUAAUGGAAGAGUUGGUUUCGUGCAAGAAAGCUGUUGCUAAAGUUAUCCCUGGUGCUCCUAAUGAGAUCUUGCUAGUUCUGGAUGGGACAACUGGUCUGAAUAUGCUACAGCAGGCAAGAGAGUUCAAUGAUGUAGUUGGAGUUACCGGAUUUAUCCUGACAAAGCUAGAUGGUUCUGCUCGAGGUGGCUGCGUGGUGAGUGUGGUAGAUGAGCUCGGUAUACCAGUAAAGUUUGUAGGUGUUGGUGAGGGGGUGGACGACCUUCAACCCUUCGAUGCCGAGGCCUUCGUUAACGCCAUUUUCCCUUGAGAGUUGUUCAAACCAUUACAAUGACUAAUCUUGUACAGUUUGUGUCGCUUUUUUGUUCGCCUUUUGGACAAUGUUAUGCAAAAUUUUGGUUCAUUCAAUCUAAAAUUCAUCAACAUAUUGCUUCCAGGAUGGAAA